AUGGAUUCAGAUCCUAUUGAAGACAUGAUUCAAUACAUUCACGAGCGAUUGAUCCCUAAAAUUGGUCAAACAAAAUCAAACACUCUCAAAACAUUAAUGACCUUUAAUUAUACCCUCAGUUUAGAAGAUCUCCAAGCUAUGGAAAAAGAAAUUAACAACUUAUUUACCAUAAACCCUCAAAUUGCUCCAACUGCCCAAAUCCUCUAUUACGCUUGCUACUUUGUUGCUGUUAUAGACCACAAGCCGUUUGAUUUAACUUAUUUUAGCUUCACAUUUAACAUUAUUUCCUAUUUCAAAGUAAAUUGCCCAGAUUUUGAUAUAAAAGACUCAGUGCGCCUGAUGCUUGAAAAAGUUGUUUUAGCCUCCUCUUCAUGUGAAGAUAUAGCAAGUGUGCUAGAAUGGGCUGGAAAAAUAAAACAAAUAAAAGAAGAGCUAAAUUAUAGAGAUUUAGAAGAUGAAGAAGCAUGAGUCCUUGAACAAAUAAAAAGGUGCCUACUAAAAAACGCAUUGUGUAUUGAUCAAAAAGAGAUCAUUAACAUUAAAAUUUAAAAUUAACAUUACUUAGAGUAUUUAACGUGCUACUCCAGCUCCACAGGGUGAUUUAGCAAAGCCACAAGAGCUCAACCCAGUAGAUAACAAUUGGUAACGGCACCGGGAAUUUCCAACGUCACCCUUUUUAUCGGGUCAACGGACCAUCCUAAGCAAGUGACGGCCAAUUGGCUGCCAAAUCUCACAGGUUGCUUUGUCUCGUUCAAAACUUGACUCCUGCGCAUUGUGCCGUAUGUGGGUCUCCCUCCUCAGGAGUGUAAAGCAGUAAAACCCUGAGUCCACCACAUAUCUAAGGAUCAGGCAAGGAUGUUGUGCACCCUCCCCAUUGCUUACCUGACAUAGCUAGACAAGGUAUCACUGGGAAAACUGAACCCUAUAAUAAUAAAAUUGCCAAAGGAAAGAAAAUCCUCAGAGAGGAAUUUUCUCGACGACGCCAUUUUAUUAUGAUAAAAAAGAGAUCAAAUUAAGCAUUCAAGAGAUUAAAUUAGCUGAAGAAGCUGGAUAUGACGUUUCUUUUGUAAAGAGAGUUGUUAUAAAUAAUGCAAUUAAUUGAAUUGAGGAAACAAAUGAUAUUUUAGAUAUUUCAAAAAUCACUGGAGAGCCUGCACUAAAAGAUGAAGCAGGAACAAGAGAAAUACUGGAAUUAUUAAAAUCUCUCCAAAUUAAAGAUGAAGAGCUUUCAAAUGCAAUCAACUCAUAUAGCAAUCGAUUCGGGGUUAUAUAUUCUGCUUCAUCUUUUCCUGCUUUGUCUAAAGAUAGGCUAAAGUUUGAAUACCUUCCCUUGCAUCUUAGCACAGAUGAGCUUACUCAGCUACGCAAGAAAAUCUCAAAAGGAGUUCUUGAUGGCUCACAAGAAGUUUCUAUAAAAACCUAUAGCCACUGAAAGCUUGAACAGCUGAAUAUCUAUCAAAAAGAAAGAGAAAUCCUCGAAAAAAUCUCAGAAAAACACCCUACAUUUUUAAAAUAUUAUGGCUCUUAUAUAGAAGAAACAAGUGAUCAUGGCCGAAAAAUGUAUGAAUUUUCUAUGGUUAUGGAAUUCUGUGAGUCUAGUUUAUUUAUUGAUAUUACAAGAAGAAACAGAGGACAUAUAGCUUAUACUAUAGAAGAGUAUAAAAAUAUCGUUUUAAAUUUACUAGAAGGGUUCAGUUUUCUUGAGAAAAAUAAAAUUUAUCACAAAGAUAUCAGGCCUGAACACAUUUUUCUGACAAGAGAUGGAAAACCAAAAAUCGCUGAGUUUAGCAUGGCUACUGACCUGAAAUAUAUUCAAGGAAGAAAAGACUUUAUGUCGCCAGAGCUUUAUAGUGCUUAUUGAGAGUUUAGAACUAAUCCAAACACUCCUAAAAGAAUCAAUUAUAAGCCAAAGAAAUCUGAUGUCUACUCUUUAGGCAUGGUAUUCCUACAAAUGUAUACAUUAGCGGAAGUAAAAGGGCUAAAUGAACGCGACGCUCAGCCUCAGCUGCAAGAUUAUGUUUCAAGGUUCAAGAUUAAAUGGAUAUCUGAUAUGCUGCGGGAGAUGCUUAAUCCAGAUUACACAAGAAGAGUCAGCUUUACACAUAUGCUCGCUAAACUCAGUCAUGAGUUUUCUUAG